CACAAUUUCGAGCAUUUGAGUGGAGACACGGUCCGAUGGCCCGGUAUUUCUGUGUUCAUAUUCCGGCUUUUUGGCGCAGUGUGGCGAUUGCAAGUCGCCAUCGCAACCAGCCCUCUAAGCGUUUCUCUGGGAAGUUGAGCGCCCGCGUCCGUUCGCUUACUGAAAAGGGGUCGACUUCUGAACGGAACAGCCCGUGGAAAGCGCGCGGACAGACUUACCGCUGUGCUAGCGUUUAGGGUAACACACGGAUGAUGGUUGCCAUUUGAAUUAACUGCGAGAGGAAGUAAUUCAGAUGCGAGUGUGAUCAGGUCCGUCCCCCCCUCGUACGUACUAUCUCUGAAUCCGUUUCGCUUAUCCCGAAACCGCCAACCCCGCCUCUGCAUGUGCCUGUUUAGGCUCUUCACAGCGAGACUUGGGGUAGCAGUGAAAGGGGCUCGAGGCGCACGAUCCCUUUCCUCGUUUUUUUUUUCGUGCUUCGCUUCCAACAGAAAACACUGUGGCAGGCGUAGAGAGGUGAUCUCUCGAUACCGUCGCAGACUGUGCAUCCACUCCAGGACCUGCGGGAAGCUAGCCAGAGAAAAGUGUGUGUCUCAGCAAGGUUCGGAGAGCGGCGGGGUGGAAAGAAGCAACAUGUAGUGCUCUGGGUCGCCAUUCACUUCGCGUGGAAACGCCCUUUGCUUUAUCACAACGAAAUUCUCCCCUCAGCUUGUCGUUAAGAGUGCGGCUGUCUUCAUCUCGUGCCCCCAUCCCCCUGGUGGUGCCGUGUCGAAGCCAAGACGGCCCGGCGUUUCUGUGUUGUUUGCGAUUUCAUUUGAUUCUGCGCGGUGCAAAACGGCCUCUCAUUGCGUUUCUAACGCUCAAAAAAGAGGAAGCUGGGAGACUUCUUUUUCUCCCGCGAAACUGCGUAGAAGUUUUUUCGAGGUCGUUCGCACGAGUGCGUCUGCCCCACAUGCCCGCAGCGUCUUCCCAAGUCUUUCUUCCGCAAAUUCCGGUGCUCUCGCGAGCUUCACCUUUCCCCGAGUUCCCGCGUCUUGAAAACGCGGACACGACUCUUUAUGCAGGCGUUGUGCCUCUCCGGUCCCUGCUUUCCGGCCGGUUCCCCGUGGCUUGAUAUCGUGCAAACGCCGGACCUGUACCGUUUCGAGGAGCUCGAAUCUCCCCGGAAGGACCGAUAAAGAACACGGCUCACAGACGCCGCGUGCUUGUCGGAGUUGGACAUGGUCAACUUCCGAGAUUUUCCCAGGUAUCUUAUUCGGUUCAUUGUGAGUCUCGUCUGCAGGACAACUGGAUGAAACAACCUUUGUUCUUGUGGGAUGAUUCCGUCCUCAGCACUCCGUGCUUCGAUUCUCGGCCGUCAGCUGCUUUGUCUUCGAGAGAGAAGCGGCCUCUGAAGACCGCGCCUGCUUGCGCUCUCUAAAAUGUAGCGUCGUCUCCUGUUUCCCUUGGCAGCCAAGUCACACGCGCCGACGCCUGCGUGGGUGGCCCCGUCUGCGUCGUCACACAGGUCCAUGUGAAGCGAAGGUCACUUCCUGCUCCGAAGAACGAGGGAGAAGACAAUUUACAAAAUUCCCCGCAAAUCACGAAACCCUGCCAUGGAGGUGGCCUGCGGCGCCCGACAAGCGAGGGCCGGGAGCCCCGGAACACAAAACUCCGGUCACAAUCCGUCAACCACGGUACCUUCUCCGUCUCCUGAUCCUUCCAGCUCGUCACCCUCUCCUUCCUGCGGUGCGGCGGCGGACUCGGAUGACCCAUUUGGUGUGCGUUCGGCACUGGAUCGUUUGCGUGGGUUGUCGUGGAAGUCCCCGUUCCGUCGGCGGUCUGCUGCUUCGUCUUUCAUCUCUGCGUACUUGGCCUUCUUCUUCGGCGGCUGCUUCGGUCUGCACUGGUUCCACCUGGCCUGCUGGCCACGGUGGGCGCUGCGUGUCUUCACGCUCUCGGGGUGUGGACUCUACAGUCUCUGCGACUUCUUUCUUCUCCCGAGCGCCGUGCGAGCAUCGCAGCGAAGGAGACAGAGGGCCUUCGUGAGGGCGGAACUUGUCAAGCGCUUGCAGGCCGCCCACCGCCGCGAGGAGAGUGCAGCGGCUCUCUCCCGCCUGGAGAAGCGAGCAGGCGCGACCUCCGGGGCCGCUAGCUGGACUCUAGGGCGCAGUGUCUCCCUCCAGGACCUCGAGGCGUUCCAGCGCGGACGCGAGGUGCUUCGGCGACAGACCGAAAACCUCCGGAAGCAAAGAGAUGAAGUGCUCAGACGCGUCUUGCAGCUCUCUGUGCGCUGUGGCUUUCGGAGUCCUUCGUGUCUUGGGAGCCCCGCAGUGAAGCAGAGAGGAGAGAAAGAGAAGUUGGGGGGGGAGGAGACACCUCACAGACUGGCAGGCGUUUCUCAGACGAAUGUCGCGACGUGCACAUCUCCUGAAGAAAAGAAGGAAACAGAUGAAGGUCAGAAGGUUUCGGCGCCUGUUGAAACUCUACCAGAAGCCGUCGAGGCUGCUGACAACGUGGUAGAGAAAAGCGAACAAGGUCGAAAUGAUAACGAGAUCAGAGCGGGUCGAGACGCGACGAUGGCGACUUUGAUGAUAUCAAACACCGCUCCUUCGCCUUCGUCUCCUUCUACCGCUCCUUCGCCUUCGUCUCCUUCUACCUCUCCUUCGCCUUCUUCUCUUUCGCCUUCUUGCUCUGCGUCUGUGUCUGCUGCUCGUCUGCAUUCUUCGGGUGUCUCUGCGUCCUCGCGGUUCCCGUCGGGUGCGUUGCGUCCAAGGCUGUCGGUGUCGGAGCGCGACAUCGCGGUUCUUUUGAAGGAGCAAGAAGUUGGAGUGGAAGUCUGUGCGCUUCCGCCAGUUGUGAGUUCGACUUCGUUUGCCUCGCAGAGGGGCUCGAAGGCUUUUUUUUUCAGGCACCUUUCCUGGCUGCGCGGGGUGCUGAGUUUCUGGGCGUCCCUGAUGCCCUGGCGACUGCUUUUUCGCGGCAUCUACGCGCAUGUCCUCUGUUCCUUCGUAGUCGACGUUGUGUUCUGCAACGCUGAGCUGUCGCCCCUGAGUGCGCCGAUCUCUCGACUCGUGUUCGUUCUUCUGCACUGUCUCGCUCGCGCGGCCGUCAUCUUCGCCGCGAACUUCUCGGACCUGACCGACAUGCCUUCUCCCUGGCUCUGCAGCGACCUCCUCAUGUGCGUGGCUGCGUCGUUCGGGGGCUCUGCAGUUCUCCUUCUCGGCCCCGAACUGUUGCAUGCAGUCGGUGCCUACGUCCCGAUCGUCGACGCCCACGUUCGCGCGUCUUUCUCGGCCUUCUUCGGGGAGUUCUCCGUCCUGCUGUCGCUCCCGAGCGUCGAGGCCCAGGCCCGCCUCCCCCGCGUCGCCCGAGAAGACUUCUACGCAUCUUGUCACUUUGCUAACCUUGUGGUCAUUGGCGUCAGCGCAUACCUCGCAGCUGCAGCUCACCACGACGAGCCGGAGGAGGCCAGGAAGCGGGAAGUCAGUUUCUGCAGGGACGUGCUGGCGCUGCUGGCGGUGCUUGACCGCGAGGACCGCGAAGCGCUCGAGAAAAAGCGUUCGAAAGAACUGAAGCCGGAGUUCACCGAGGCGAGUGCGUCUGCUGGCGGGGGCGAGACGACUGUUUGUCAAGACACGGUGGUGGGGGGAAACGGACCUCAGGAGACCAAGGAGAAGAAAACAGGAGGCGGGAAGGACGAAGGGCGAGGGCGAUUCGAAGAAGACCCGCGAAUGGCUGCGCUGGUUGCGCAGGCGCAGCGAACCUAUGGCGCGACGAUCACCCAGAGUCCCGGGGACACUCGCGUCCAGAGGGUUCGCGAGUGCAUGCUGUCGGCUUUGGUCUGGUUCUUCGCCCUCGCGUUCCUCGCCGUCUGGGUGGCCUGUCUCGUGCUCGCAGCCUCCAAUGUGGCAGCACGGAUGGAAGACAAAACCGCGGCAAAAGUCUUUGCGUUUGUCUCUGGAGACACGAAGAACGACCCUGAGCUCGGGCAACUCAAGGCGGAGCUCUCUGUCCUGUACAAGCAGUUUCAGGCCCUGCAGAAGGAGAAGGGGUUCACCGGUGCCCUCAGCGACAUCGCUGCCAUGCUGUGGAGCGAGGCCCAGGAGGCGAUGAGCGAGCAGAGGCGAAAGCAGAAGAAAGAAGACGACGCUUACACGCUACUGGGUGUGCAGCCAAGCGCGACGGCUAGGGAAAUCAAAAUGGCCUACAAGCAACUCGCGAGACAACACCACCCCGACGUCGUUGCCGCCGCCUCCCCCGAGCCGCUGACGCCCCUCGAAGAGGCCCGCGCUACGGAGAAAAUGCGAAAAAUCAACGAGGCCUACGAGCGACUCAUGCGCACCCACGGCGGCAGAGGCAACCUCGGAAGAGUGUGAGAAACCUUCAGGGAAAAGAGAAAUACACCAGAGAAAAAGCAGCCGGAGGGGUCUGUGUCGGCGGUGGAAUGUGCGGUCGAUCGCGCGCAGCUGAGACAGACGGAGGACCUGGGAGGCAGUCUGCGGAAAAAGAAAGAACGCCGAGUUUCCCCCGGGCACUCCUUGGAAACAGACACUGACCAUGGCGUCGAACUCUGAUAGUAACCAGCUGAAAACGCGUUACUUUUUCUUAGAUGGUGGGGGACAAAGAGAGCCGUUUCACGUGACAGUCUCGCGGUGCUACGGCUCUGGAUUUGUAAAAAGCGCCAGAAACUGUCAAAGAGACAAAAGUGGCGAAAUGCGAAUUUCCCUUGCGGGUUUGUCAACUCAAAAAAAAGUGCUAAGCUGACGGCCCGGUAAACACAGUGUGCGAUGGCAGUCGACAAGGCAGGUACGUCUUGCUCGGACGAGUCGCCACCUGCAAGACUUCUGUUCCGCAUCUGUUUUUUGCUAGAAAUUUCGCGUCUUCAUACGCAUUUCCCCACCCGGACGGAAACGGGCGCUGCUCCGCGAGACCUCAAGAAACGUCUCUCCAGAGGGCCCGCUGUCUUUCAGGGGAGGCACGCAAUCGGGCGCGUUGUGCCUCUGUACCGAAUUGCAUAAGUUGCCACAUUUUUAUUUAUUCGGUCGUGUAUCGCAGAUUUAUGCAUGUAGCCGUGAGAAGACAGGUUGGCGGUGUCCCACUAUCCAGAUUCAGAAAUGUGUCGCUAGUGCCUGUCUGUGAGACCGUCGACCGAUGGUUUUCCCCGCAGCAGGAACAUCCUGUACUUUUAGUUCCCCUACACUGUGGGGCACACCAGAAACCCCUGUCUUGCUUUAUUUCCUACACGUAGACACGGAUGUUCUGUGCAGUUAGCGUGUUGCAGAGGGUUUGGUUUGCUUUUGUGAAUGGCAUCCCGUUUGAGUUUUGGCAAGAGUCCGUCAUGUCAUUCUGUGUAGUCGCCUCGAAUCUGCUCGGAAACAUGUGGUUUUCCGGUCACACUAUCUUUCAGGUUUGAACCCUCAGAAGCCUGACGGUGUUCCCAACUGGCCAAGUGUGGCUGUUAUUCUCUGCAGCAAAGCUUGCUGGCGUACCCCAAACCGAAAUAGGAAGCUCUAUUCUAAAGAAAUGGCCGG